AGCUAACGAUAAUUAGCUAGCUGUGUCUACCACUGUGACACCGGUCGUGGACAUAUUCCUAUAGCUGCAAACAGUAUCCGGGUGUCUCAAGUCAUUGACUGGAAAUAAAAAAAAGACCAUUAUAUAGAGGUGCUGACUAUUAGAAUAGAGCGUCCUUGCCAUCCCUUGGACUGCCUGUGGCACUCGUCCUUCUAAUUGGCAGCAAUCAUCCAGCACACCUGUGGAUCUUUAGCCCUACAAGUGAGACAGUGGCAGAGGCAGAGCCCUGAACCCCUAACCCUAACCCUAGGGAGCAGAUCAGCAGGCAGCAGGGCUUCAUGAGCGCACCAGGGCAGCAGCAAGGGGGGGGCCUGCGUUCUCGCCGAGUCCUUGGCCAGGACAAGGACCCUGGGCAAGGCAUGGGCAUGGAGGCAGCCUGCUGGCUGGCCCCCGGAGUGCUGCGCAGGCUGAUUGAGCUACCCUCUCCCCCCUUGUCUAGACACCAGCUCAAGAGACUGGAGGAGCAUAGAUACAGCAGUGCUGGGCGCUCUUUACUGGAGCCCUUAAUGCAACAUUACUGGGAAUGGUUGGUUGGACAGGUCCCUUCCUGGAUUGCCCCCAACCUCAUUACCAUCAUCGGCCUAGCCACCAAUGUCUUCACCACCCUUGUGCUUGUCUACUACUGCCCAACUGCUACUGAACAGGCUCCUCUCUGGGCAUACCUGAUGUGUGCAGUGGGCCUUUUCAUCUACCAGUCAUUGGACGCCAUCGACGGGAAACAGGCCAGACGCACCAACAGCAGCUCUCCACUGGGCGAGUUGUUUGACCACGGCUGUGACUCACUUUCCACUGUGUUUGUUGUGUUGGGAACCAGUAUAGCGGUGCAGCUGGGCACCAACCCGGACUGGAUGUUCUUCUGCUGCUUUGCUGGGAUGUUUAUGUUCUACUGUGCCCACUGGCAAACAUACGUGUCAGGAACGCUACGCUUUGGCAUAUUUGACAUAACAGAGGUGCAGAUCUGUCUAGCAGGAUUACAGAUGCUCACAGCUGCUGUUGGUCCCUGCCUGUGGAACGUGAUGAUUCCGAUCCUAAAUGUCCAGAUGAAAAUGGUUCCAGCCAUCUGCACCCUUUUAGGAGCCGUCUUCUCCUGCACCAAUUACUUCAGAGUUAUUUUUACAGGGGGUGUGGGCAAAAACGGAUCCACAAUAGCAGGAACCAGUGUCCUCUCUCCAGUCCUACAUAUUGGUUCAGUUAUAAUUUUGGCGAUGAUGAUAUAUAAGAAGUCUGCUGUCCAGCUAUUCGAGAAACAUCCGUGUCUUUAUAUCCUGGCAUUCGGCUUUGUGUCAGCUAAAAUCACCAAUAAGUUAGUUGUAGCCCAUAUGACAAAAAGUGAGAUGCAUCUCCAUGAUUUAGCCUUCCUGGGACCAGGAUUACUGUUCCUGGAUCAGUAUUUCAAUAGUUUUAUUGAUGAAUACCUGGUGCUCUGGAUUGCACUGAUAAUUUCCCUGUUUGACUUGGUGCGUUACUGUGUCAGUGUUUGCAACCAGAUUGCCUGCCAUCUUCACAUUUUUGUUUUCAAAAUCAAGCCUUGCUUAGUCCUUAGAUCAGCUCCUCACUGAGGACACGCCGGCUGUUACUGACUCUGUCCCUUCCUGUUAGACACUCUCAUCUUCUUUUCCCUCAGUUGUCCAAAUAGAGAUGCAGGGGACGGUGUGGUGUAAAGUAUGUGCUUCUGCCAACUGAAUGUGAGGACAAAUUAUUUAUAUAUAUAUAUAUAUAUAUAUAUAUAUAUAUAUAUAAAUGAAUAAAUAAGAUAUCGGAAUAUAACCGUCAUUGUUUCUUUUUCACCAGUGCAAACUUAAAUUUGUACUUCUCAUGGUUACACAGAAGAAAUAUUUUCAGGAGAGUACAGGUGCUACUCGGUAUCUUCAAGAAGCAGAAACUUAUGUGUUUUAACUGUUUAUGUCCAAGAAAAAGUAUAAGAAACAAAUCGAACUCUGCUUUUCAUGAUUAUAAUUUUUGUAAUAUUUGCAUAACUUUACUUUUUGCUGUUGUAAAUACCAAACUGUUACAGUGUCUGUGCUUCUCUUGAGUUUAAAACCUGCAUUGACUCAUUUAUAAAACAUUUCAUGUAUGCUAUUUUUAAAGCCGCUUCAUCUUCUGUACAUUGCACUCCAAAUGGCACUGCUAUUAUGCAACAGCAAGAUAUGAGUUUGGUGGAAACCUAAUGGCAAAUUUAAUACAUUUUUAUUGAGCAGAUCUGAAUGUCUGUUGUGUUAAACUGGAAAAUGUUCACUGCCAGUCUUUUCUCUGUUAAAUUUGCACUACAGUUUCUGUGCUUUUCAGGUUUGUGUAAAAAAACAUUGUCUUGUAUUGUUAAUUGGAAGGCUUAGUUCAUAACUUUAUACUUCAUGUGCAUUUUUUCAGUCAUGUUUUGCUUACGUGGGAUGAAACCAGGAGACGUGUUGAGUUUUACUUACUGCAGAUAUGUUGAAGUCAGAGGUCCACUUACUGCUGUUUGUAGCUUCUCUAAGUUGAAUGAAAGGUCAAACUGCAAAAAUUGCUCCACGUUUACAAGGAAAAGCACUCCGAUAAACAAGUUUUCUUACAUUUUGCAGCUGUUCGGAACAAAGAACAAGAUGUUUUAGGGUGGAGCAGCACAUGAAUUGGCAUGUAUUUCACUCAUGCUAAGCUGUCCAUUUACAGGUCACUCCACCAGCUGCUACUAUGAUCCGUCCAGUUUAUUUUAUGUUUUUAUUAUUCAAGAAACCCCAUGAAAAGUCCAAAAGAAAUCUCUCAUAUCUCUUUUACGUGAUUGUGGUUGAUUUCCUAUUAAUGAUAAAAAUCUGGGAAAUGAUUUGUAAUAUUUUGUAGAAAAAAGUGAUACAUAAUGCCCUAAAACUGCCCUUCCUUUAGUUUAAAGGUGGAGUAUAAUACAGUUUAUACUCUUGUAGUAUCUUGGAUUUCCAGCAGAAGGCUGGUGUACUUGUUUGUUUAAAAGCCCCAGCCAAAGUUUUUGGUAAUAUUAACAUUAAUAGCAUGCGUCACAUUUGUUUUCAGUAAUGCUUAAUCCCCCAAAGUCCAGGCAUUGAUGUGCAAAAUCUGCUUGUUUCUCAGAGAUUCUCUUUUCAUGGGAUUUGUUGAACAGAUAAAUGAUACCACCAGAUUUUAGAAAGAACAAAAGAUUUGAACAAUUCAGUUGUAGCUGCUUAACUGAGUCACCACUGUGAAAUGUGUUAAGUAUUAACUUCAAGUAAUCAGCUUGACAUUAUGUUUCCCCGUUUACAUACCUGCUGUAGCAGAACGGGUGCACAUGCGGGUGCAUGCACAGGAGAUGAGGUCACAUGAUGACAUCACGGUUUUAAGAUGACUGAUGAGAAUCAGAUCAAACGUAAUAAAAGCUUGUUUUUUUUUCAAGUGUGGCUGCCGCUCGCUCGAUACUGUUAAAAUGGCCCCAUACUGAUGGUGUGUUCCACAUUGCUGCUUCUGGAAGAGAGGGGGGGCGGUACUAGUGAUGGCCUUUAUCCAUUCAGAGCACAUUUCUGUCCUCAGCAGCAGAUGAUAGUUUCUUGCUUUUGCAUAUUGUGCCUGUUUUAUUUAAGUUACAUCUGCAGAUACUGUGUUAUGCCUCUACAUUUUGUUAAAAAUGAUACGCAAUGCCAAUUGUUGACUAUAGUAAUUCACAUUCAUGUCCAAUAUCUCAGAACAGUGUCCUUGUCCAAGUUCAGAUUCAGGAUGUUUGUGUUGAAAUUUAGAUUUCCAAUAGGAAAACACCACUUCACCCAAAUCAUAACACUGUUUGUGCUUUAAUGCCUUAAGAUAGAGUAUUAUGGUGUAAUAUAUGGAAAUUGUAAUUUCAAUAAAGUUAUGAGAAGGAAAGUCUAAAUGAGUCUGAGGUUAAAAAAAAAAGGUUGCAGUAUUAUGAAAAUGUACAGAAAAAGUAAUUGUUUCUGAAGAGGAUUAUCACAGUAAAAUAUAUUUAGACACUAGACAGAAUGUAAUUGCAACUUUUUAAAAAGUAAAUCUGGAUUUGCCAAAGUACUGUAAUUUUUUUUUUUAGAUUAAAUGUGAAGAUUUUUCUUUUUUUAAUUAAAAGGCUUAAAUGUUUCAGUAUGUCAAAAAUGAAUUUAGGAAAAUAAUUAUAGAAUAUGGUUGAUAUAAUUCUGAGAAAAGUUGCUGUUUUGGAGAAAACUUCAGAGGCAUCAGAAGAGCUAAAUUUAUAUUUAAAAAAAAAUUAAAUGCAAUGCUUGUAGAGUAAAAUGAAGUCACUUGUAAUAAACUUUAACAAGGUUUGACUACAGACAAACUAAUGUUCCAUUUUAUAAGUUACUUGAAAGUACAAAAAUAUAUAAAUGUGAUGAAAGUGUUAGAUUAAAGAUGAUGUCUUGUGAUUUGGGUGAAAUGAGCAAUCAGACGGUUGAUUUCCACACUUUCCUGAGGUAUUUUUAUUUAACAGAAAACAUAAAUGGUACAUUUAACAAGUUUAAUCGGUCCUAGAAUCACUUUUAUUUUCAUUCUUUAUUGUCAGCAUUUUUUCUGUCUGUUCAGUGUUACAAAUGAAAAUGAGGAAAAAAACUGAUGCCCUAAUCUGCAUGGGUAGUAUUCCAAUGUACAGUUUCUACUAUAUCUGGAUAGUCUUUGUAUUAACUUAUACCUAAAAUCACGACUGACCAGUUUUUCAUAAUGACUGUGAGAUACAUCAACAGCUGCAGCUUGUGUGCUUAUAGUUCCUGUUGUCAGGUCCACUGUCUCAUUCUGUUAAGUAAAAGUUUGCCUUAAACACGUUUGUUUUCUAUUUUGUACAUAAUUGAAGCCUUUCUGGAUGAGCGUCUUGUCACUGUGUGAGUGCAUCUCUCCUCUCUGGGGGGCUUGUGUGAAAGUUUCUCUUCAUUUUGGCUAGAUUGCCAAGCUCAGGUAUUUCAUUAGUGUGCACAGCCAUGUGUUCUUAGAAUAACAAGGGUAAACAAGGUCACCUGACAAUCUCUGCUUCACCUAAUAAUGCAAAUAAAUUUCAUACUCCCACCUGGAA